UUCACACCACUGUAUACUUUUGACUAACUACAUUAAGGAUACCCAUAAAGGCAGAAUGGAGGCAGCAUGAAGGGGUUGUACUCGCGUCUGUAAGCCACACCUGCUUUGAAGCAGCACUUCAACCGUCGCAGGCGGAGAGAGAGAGAGAGAGAGAGAGCCGGUGGACUACAGGGUGUUUCAAGCUGUGUUGUCAUAAGCCGAGCAGUCGCUCAAGCAAGCAUGUGCUGCGUCUGCUCCCUUGUCACAUCUCAGCAAUACAACCCGCGCUUUGGCGACAUCAUCAAACGGACAUAGUGGGAAUACUGGGAAAUAAUGGAGUGUACUACUGACAUCAGGUGACUUGGGAUUGCUCCUUGUUUCAGCUUUUUUUUUUUUUUUUGCUGGACAUUUUUUUCUGACAUGGACUCAUUCCCUUUAACAUUCUGUGAGGAAGAUUUGUUCUCAAAAUAAGGAACUAAAGCCACUAACAGAAGGACUCUAUUUUUUGGAGAACUUACUUAGCCGAGAUAACUGCUGAGAUCCACACGCUUCUUUAAUAAAGCGAAGGCUGAGCGAACAGAACUAUUUGAUCCCAUGUGACCGAUCAGCUUGUCGUGACCCAAAGCGGGGGUUUCAUCCCUGCAUCCUCACAAGUGAAGCAAAGGUGAAGAUGCCAGCCAUUCUGGUGGCCUCAAACAUGAAGUCAGGACUCCCCAAACCCGUACACAGCGCGCUCCCCAUCCCUCAAGUAAGCAGCAGACCACCAGCUUCCACUCUGCCUGCUGCACCUGUGAAGACGCACAUCCCCGCUCUGAGCCAGCAGGCGGGCGCAGGACGUCCGAGAGGUUCCGUGUUGGGGUCAGAGAUCAGGAGAAACACUCAGAUCUACACCGACUGGGCCAACCACUACCUUGCCAAGUCAGGACACAAGCGUCUGAUCAAGGACCUGCAGACAGACGUUGCGGAUGGAGUGCUCCUGGCUGAGAUCAUCCAGGUUGUAGCCAAUGAGAAGAUCGACGACAUCAAUGGCUGCCCCAAGAGCCGCUCUCAGAUGAUUGAGAACAUCGACGUGUGCCUCAGUUUCCUGGCAGCCAAAGGAGUCAACAUUCAGGGACUGUCUGCAGAGGAGAUCCGUAAUGGCAAUCUAAAAGCCAUCCUCGGCCUCUUCUUCAGCCUGUCCCGCUACAAACAACAGCAGCAGCACUCCCAGCGGCAGCAGCCCCAGCCCGGCCUCACUCCUACAGGCCACCUUCGGAGUGCUCACCCUCCCCUGAGCCAGCAGAGCAGUGCCCCGGCUCAGCUCAACCAGUCUACGCAUGGGACUCCAGCCCCCGCAGCCCAGAAAGCAGCGCAGGCCGACAUGCAGUCCAGGAUUGGCUCUCAGAGUAAACUACUCAAGUUUUCCCUCGGUCAGAAAAAGACCUCUAGACUUCCUGGCCCCACGGCGAGGGUGUCCACUGCAGGCGGUGACAUCACUCCGAGAAGCUCGCUCAGUGGAACUGGGAACAGACGCAGCCAGGCCUUCAGUGACAAGACCAAAGCCAACUCACAGGUGAACAAAGAUUCCUCAGAGGGCAUGACCUCACAGCCUUUGCUGAUGACGAAUGAGAAUGCGGUGUCGACUGCAGUCACCAUCAGCUCCUCCACCGGUAUCCCUGCCACUACCUCUGCCCUGAUACUGACCACAUCUUCCUCGUCCUCUUCUCCGUCCUCCACAGCCAUCCCCCACCCCAACAGCAACAGCAAGCCUUGGAAGAGCAAGUCGAUGAGCUCCAAGCACACCUCCCAAGCCCCGACCUCCAAUAGCAGCCCCACGUCAGCCAUGCAAUCAACAAAACAGGAGACCUCCUGUAAGGCUGCUUUGGGAUCGGAAGCGCCUCCUAAGGCUGUCACGCAAAAGUCAAUGCUGGAGAAGCUUAAGCUCUUUAACAACAAAGGAAGCUCUAAAUCCUCCUCCUCGUCCAAUGGAAUCGGUGCACAGAAUGACAAUGUGGCACCCAGCGUGCAGGUAGAGAGAGCCGAGACGGGCUCAAACACUGACCCUCUUGAAGAAGAUGAUGGCAACAUCCGCCCGGGAAUGAAUGGAACCACUAAUGGAGCUGCUCCCACAGCAGGUAGUCAUGUCGCCACGACUGCCAGUAGCCCCAAAAUUGCCUUGAGAGGCAUCGCGCAGCGGACGUUCAGCAGAGCUCUGACAGCCAAAAAGAGCUCCGUCAAAGGCCCUGAGAAAGACAAGGAGAGGGGGAAGGAGAAAGAAAAAGGGAAGGAAGUGGGAAAACGUCUGUCCAUGCAGGACAGGACAGAACUCAGGGGAGAGGAGCCUAAGGAGGAAAUGUCUCCACCUCUUGGUGGAGACAUGGAGAGCUCAAACAAAAAGACCUCGAAAAUUGCCAGCUUCAUUCCCAAAGGGGGAAAAACGGCCAAAAAGGACAAUUCCACCCCUGCACACAGUGGAAUACCAAAGCCAGGAGGCAAAAUCCCACUUGGGGGUAAAGCCUCUUCAGUGGGGACAAAGGAGGCCGGGGAGAGACCACGAAGCAUGAAGCUAGCUGGAGGUCUGGCCAUGCAUCGAGGUCCUUCAGAAAAGGACAGAAAACACUCCAGCACUACCUCCAGCCUGCAUCCCACAGAGGGAAGGACCGGCUCCGCCACUGUGGCCGGAGGAGGCAAUACACAGAGCACGGCCAGCAACACCGUCAGCGUGCAGCUACCUCAGAACCAACAGCACCACAGCCACCCCAACAUGGCCACCGUUGCACCUUUCAUGUACAGAUCUCAAACUGAGUGUGAAGGAGUUGUGAGCAGCGAGUCCAGCUCAGGAGGCAGAAGUGGGGAUGUUACUUUCAGCAAGACCAACCAGCCCUCUACUGAGGACCUUUCAGGUGAAGACCCGGAGACAAGGCGGUUGCGGACUGUUAAAAACAUUGCAGAUCUGCGCCAGAACCUGGAGGAGACCAUGUCCAGUCUGCGAGGAACUCAGGUCACACACAGCACCUUGGAGACCACUUUUGAUGGCAGCGUCACUACAGAUAUCAGCAGUGGCAACAACAACAGCGGGGGUGGACGAAGCAUCCUCAGUCUUACUGCUACCCGGCCCUCCUUGUCAUCAUGGAGAUUGGGCCAGUCCAGCCCUCGUCUUCAAGCGGGGGAUGCCCCCUCCGUGGGGAAUGGUUAUGCGGGCCGGGUGGCAGGCAGCCAAGCAGGUCGCUACUUGUACCCGGGGCACCUCAGAAGACAGCUGGCAGGCAGGAGUGGAGGCCUCUGUAGCGUGGAGCUUGGAGACAGACCCGGGGAGGAUGUGGAACUUGAUGGGUUAGCCAUGGAGGUCACUGGCUACAUGAGUGAUGGAGAUGUUCUGAGCAAGAAUGCUGCACGCACGGAUGAUGUCGCCAGUGGCUAUAUGACUGAUGGUGGUUUGGGUCUGUACACACGGCGCUUGAACCGGCUGCCAGACAACAUCUCUGCUGUUCGAGAGACACUGCACCGGAACACAUCGUCAGGACAGGGAGAUGCUGACAGUUGGGAUGACAGCAGCUCUGUGAGCAGUGGCAUCAGCGAUAACAUCGACACAGAUGACAUCAACACGAGCUCGUCCAUCUCCUCGUACGCGAACACACCUGCAGCCCAGCGCAAAGGCUUCAGCACACAGCCUGUGACAGAUGCGGAGAAGCACUCGUCCUCCACAGUGGUCCACCAGGCCUGGGCAGGAGACGAGGUGAAGAGGCCAGACAGAGGGUCAGACAGUGGGGUCAAAAUGGAGCCGGGCUCCAAAUGGAGCCGCAGAAACACUUCUGACAUUUCAGAUGAGUCAGACAAGGGAGGAUCGGGGAGGAAAACCCCCUCUGUGUCCCACACUGGGUCCUGGAGGCGAGGCAUGAGUACUCAGGUGGGGGUGACGUCCCCUCGGACCAAAAACAGCAGUAGCACAGGUUCCGGAAGUUCGGUCCCCCUCAAAACCUACAGUUCAGGUAAAACCGAUGAUGUCAAGGUAUCAGAGAAGGGACGUCUUUCUCCACGUUCAAACGGCCUACACCGAUCACCGUCUGAUGCUGGACGCAGCAGUGGGGAUGAGACCAAGAUGCAAUCAGUCUCCAGCAGCCACACACCGACAGCCAACUCCCUCACACACACUGUUUCCGAUCACCAGACACAUGCCUCCCGUACCCCAACUAGUACAUUUGGUUUCAAGAAGCAGGGCCAUGGCAUGGCAACCAUGGUAACCGCCAGUGGGGCCACCAUCACCAGUGGUUCAGCCACUCUGGGGAAAAUUCCUAAAUCUGGGGCCCGCUCACUAGCGGGAUUGAAGGCAGGUGGACCGGAUGGGGUGUUGAUGCUGGGCCACCACGAUGAUGCCUUCCUCCCUGUCAGUGCCCGCUCUACACUUCAGUACCGCAGCCUACCAAGGCCUAGCCGCUCUGGGUCGGCGGCCCGCAAUGGAAACCGCUCCUCCACCAGCAGUAUUGAGGCCGCCGUGCUCUCCAUCACAUCACAUGGGAAAAAUGCAAUCAGCAUCUCCAAGGCAAAUGGCUCAGCCGGUCUGCUGGCUAAUCAGACCGAUCGGGAGAAAGGCGUCUCAGAGGUUGACAAUCUCAGGAGCGGAGGAGCAGCAACGGUUCCUCUAACAGGGAGACAGCAAGUCUCCUCACCUACACUACGCAGGUUGUUUGGUGGGAAGACGAACAAACAGGGUCCAAUCACCACCGCUGAGAACAUGAAGAACUCCACUGUUAUCUCUAACCCCCACGCGACCAUGAAUCAUGUGACCACAGUGGUUGAGUCCCCCGAUGCAGGACUGGGAGGCAUUGACAGUGAGACCAUUAGCCCCAUGUUUGGGAGCAGAGUGACAGGAUCCGGCACAGGGACACUCGGUAGCGAGCAGGCCUCCAGUCCCGGCUCUGUCUACUCCUCAACGGGUCCUUCCAACAGUCUAACAUGGGGUACGACAUUCAGCGGAUCCUCUGCCCAGAGCAGGGAAAGUACACUGGGUGGGCACGGCGGUACAGGCAGCAUGGGCUACCCUUCUGUCAGCAGCAUGCACACGAGCAGCGAGUCCAUUGACAUGAGCCUGGGAAGCGCCGGGGGAGGAGGCCAUGGGACACACAGGGAGGACACCUUGUCCGCUUUGGGUCGCACUGGCAGCAUGAAGACGGGCAUGUCGGAAAGCCCCCUCUCUUCCCCCUCUGCUAGCCCUAAAUUCAGCCGAAACACUCUACCUCGGAAACAGGACAGCGGGCCUCUUUGUGGCAGAAACACUCUGCCUAAGAAGGGACUCAGGUAUGGCCCUCCUCCUCAGCUGCGAAACCAUGAGGAGGCCCGUGAUUGGCUACGCUCCCACUCCACCAGCGGGCUGCAGGAGUCAGCCAGUAAUUCCCCCUUUUCUCCUGGAUCCAGCCUCACCUCCCCCUCCGGCACUCGCUUCAAUUUUGGACAGCUCGCAUCCAGCCCAACUUCCACAGCUCAGAUCAAUCUGACGGGCCUUCGUAACAACAGCCUGACCAACCAGGAUGUCACCUUUGACCCUUGUAGCGACAACCGCCUGAGAAACUCCUGCAUGUCCCUUGAUGAAAAGACUCGCACCAUGAGCAGAUCAGGCUCAUUUCGGGAUGGCUUUGAGGAAGUUCAUGGCUCGUCCCUCUCUCUGGUCUCCAGCACCUCCUCCAUGUACUCCACGAACGAAGAGAAGUCUCAGUCGGAGAUCCGCAAGUUACGCCGGGAGCUGGAUGCCUCCCAGGAGAAGGUUUCCGCACUAACAACACAGUUGAGCGCUAACGCACACCUAGUAGCAGCGUUUGAGCAGAGUCUGGGGAACAUGACCAUCCGGCUGAAGAGUCUCACCUUGACUGCUGAGCAGAAGGACUCUGAGCUGAAUGAGCUGAGGAAGACUAUUGAGCUGCUGAAGAAGCAGAACGCCGUGGCCCAAGCCGCCAUCAAUGGGGUCAUCAACACACCUGAGCUCACACCUAAAAUGGACAAGACAGCUGGGAGUAACGACAGCCUCCAACACCUGCAGCAGCAACAGCAACCAGACCUGCGCAUCAGAAGGCAACACUCCUCUGGCAGUGUCAGCAGUGUUGCCAGCGCCACCAGCCACUCCAGCGUGGGCUCCAACAUGGACAUCGAUGCUAAAAAUAAGAAGAAAAACAAGAAGAAUUGGCUGCGAAGCUCUUUCAAACAGGCGUUCAGCAAAAAGAAAUCUCCCAAAUCAGCUUCAUCCCACUCUGAUAUCGAGGAGAUGACCGAUUCUUCGCUGCCCUCCUCUCCUAAACUGCCUCACAACGGCACCACUUCUACCAACCACAUGCUAAGGAACACACACUCCAACACAUUGUUGUCGGAAUGUUUGGACAGUGAGGCGGAGACGGUGAUGCAGCUUCGGAGCGAGCUCCGGGAGAAGGAGAUGAAACUGACUGAUAUCCGCUUGGAAGCACUCAGCUCUGCCCAUCAGCUGGACCAACUCAGAGAGGCCAUGAACCGCAUGCAGGUCGAGAUUGAGAAACUCAAGGCAGAAAAUGAUCGUUUGAAACUGGAGAAUCAGGGCAGCAGGACGGGCUCCCAGGUCUCCAUCUCUUCCUCACCCCCACCUCAUACACAUGUCCAGGCACCGGGACCCAAUGUGGAGCACAGCCUGAACCUUGCCACCAGUGAGUCCACCAGUCUGGACAUGUUGUUGGACGACACGGGUGGAGAGGGGGGAAUGAGGAAAGAGGGUCGUCUCGUGAAGAUCGUUGUCAGACUUGAUGAGGACUGUUUGUGGGGGGAGGAAGCUCGGUCUCGCAACUUUCUGAUAGGGUGCAUCGGUGUCAGUGGUAAAACCAAAUGGGAUGUGUUGGAUGGAGUGGUCCGCCGCCUGUUCAAGGAGUAUAUCACCCACGUGGAUCCAGUGAGCCAGCUCGGCCUAAACUCAGACUGCGUGGAGGGGUACAACAUUGGGGAAAUUCACCGUCCCCGCAGCCCCAAUGCCGCUCAUACACCUGAGCUGCUACCUUGUGGCUACCUUGUGGGAGACAGCAACACUAUUAACAUUCAACUGAAAGGCGUGAGCAGUGAUAGUGUGGACUCGCUGGUGUUUGACACUUUGAUCCCAAAGCCGAUGCUGCAGCGCUAUGUUUCUCUACUGAGGGAGCACCGCCGUGUCAUCCUGUCUGGGCCCAGCGGCACAGGAAAGACUUACCUGGCCAAUCAGUUGUCUCAACACUUGCUGCUUCUGGAGGGCCGACCUCUGACCCCGCAUGCUGUGGUCACUUUCAAUGUGGACCACAAAUCCAGCAAGGAGCUGCGUCAGUACCUGUCAGGUUUAGCAGAGCAGUGCAGUGGUGUAGCAGGGAUGGAGAGCCCCCUGGUGGUUAUACUGGACAACCUGCAUCAUAUCAGCUCCCUGGGCGAGAUCUUCAACGGCCUCUUCAACUGCAGCCACCGGCACUGCCCAUAUAUCAUUGGCACAAUGAGUCAAGCUACGUCAUCUGCACCCAACUUGCAGCUUCACCACAACUUCAGGUGGGUGCUGUGCGCCAAUCACAUGGAGCCAGUUAAAGGCUUCUUGGGUCGCUACUUAAGGAGGAAGCUGAUUGAGAUGGAAAUUGGCAGUCGAACGCGAAACGUGGAGCUGGUGAAGAUCAUUGAUUGGAUACCAAGAGUUUGGCACCAUCUAAACCGCUUCCUGGAGACGCACAGCUCAUCAGAUGUCACCAUAGGACCUCGUCUCUUUCUGUCAUGCCCAAUUGACGUGGAGGGAUCCAGGGUUUGGUUCACUGAUCUUUGGAAUUACUCUAUCAUCCCCUACAUGCUGGAGGCCAUACGUGAGGGAUUACAGUUGUAUGGCCGCAGAGCUGCUUGGGAAGAUCCUGCCGCCUGGGUGAUUGACACCUAUCCAUGGUCGGCAACACCCACUCCAGCCGAUUGGCCCCCACUGCUGCAGUUGCGCCCGGAGGAUGUGGGAUUUGAUGGCUACUCUGCCCCGAGAGAAGGAAUCAGGAAAGAGCCGCCUCAGAGUGACAGUGACGCAGACCCGCUGAUGAACAUGCUGAUGCGUCUCAAGGAGGCAGCGACAUCAUCAAGCCCUCAGAGCUACGACAGCGACUCCAACAGUAACAGCCACCAGGAUGACAUCUUGGACUCAUCACUGGAGUCCACCCUGUGAGAUACACUGAAGAUGCAAAGCUUGGGAGGACUGAUUUUCAUAGACUGCUCUCACUGUGAGAACUUGAGCAACAUGCCACAAAAUCCAGCCACCUUAAUUUUGGGUGCAGGCAACCCAAAUAUUUAUACAAGAAAAAGAAGAGACAAAUGCAUUUCAGAAGACAAAAGGCAACAAAACGUUUCUGCUGCACUGCGUUGUUUUAUUUUUGUUAUUUAUUUGGUUUUCACCACUGUGGCCCGUGGUUCCUCUGGGAAGGAGCUUGACAUCAACAUGGACAGAAUAAAAGCACACAGCCUGAUAUUGUGAUAGACGCCAUUAACCCUUAGAUGCACGAGUGACUGGACCCUACACUCUUCCAUAAGUGGGUCAAAAAUGACCCAUACUAGAAUCAAUGCCUUUUUAUGCCAAUUUUGCCAUUUUGGUUAGGAAUAAUCACUUGUAUGAUAUUUAGUAUUAUAUUUAGAACCACACCAAGAAUGACUUCAUGUUAGAAACAUCUUAAUUUUUCACUUUUUUUACAUCUUCGAAAAAGAAAAUGACCCCGUACAACAAUAGAAAAUGUGAGGAUCCAUUGUGUGUUACAUAAAGAUAAGUUAAAAAGUGAAUGGCAUGAUAUCAAAAACAUGUUUUUUGAAGAAUACCUGGAAUAUGAAAUGAUAAAAAUUUUAAUUACGAAGAUAUUUCAAGAAAACAACCUGACCGGGUCAUUUUUGUCCCACUUAUGGAAGGUUGGGGUAGUAACACAAAAACUAAAAUUUCUUAAAAUGUAUAAAAGAUAAGUUAAAAAUGUGUAUGGCAUGAUAUAAAAAAUAUGUUUUUUGAGGAAUACCUGGAAUAUAAAUUGAUAAAAAUUUUAAUUAUGAGGAUAUUUCAAGAAAACAACCUGACCGGGUCAUUUUUGACCCACUUAUGGAAGGUUGGGGAAGUAACAAAAAAACUAAAAUUUCUUAAAAUGUAUAAAAGAUAAGUUAAAAAUGUGAAUGGCGUGAUAUCAAAAACAUGUUUUUUGAGGAAUACCUGGAAUAUGAAAUGAUGAAAAAUUUUCAUUACUAACAUAUUUCAAGAAAACAACCUGACCGGGUCAUUUUUGACCCACUUAUGGAAGGUUAGGGUAGUAACACAAAAACAAAAAAUUCUUAAAAUGUAUAAAAGAUAAGUUAAAAAUGUGAAUGGCAUGAUAUCAAAAACAUGUUUUUUGAGGAAUACCUGGAAUAUGAAAUGAUAAAAAAAUGUAAUUACGAAGAUAUUUCAAGAAAACAACCUGACCGGGUCAUUUUUGUCCCACUUAUGGAAGGUUGAGGUAGUAACACAAAAACAAAAAUGUCUUAAAAUGUAUAAAAGAUAAGUUAAAAAUGUGAAUGGCAUGAUAUCAAAAACAUGUUUUUUUGAGGAAUACCUGGAAUAUUAAUUGAUAAAAAUUUUAAUUAUGAGGAUAUUUCAAGAAAACAACCUGACCGGGUCAUUUUUGACCCACUUAUGGAAGGUUGGGGUAGUAACACAAAAACUAAAAUUUCUUAAAAUGUAUAAAAGAUAAGUUAAAAAUGUGUAUGGCAUGAUAUAAAAAAUAUGUUUUUUGAGGAAUACCUGGAAUAUAAAUUGAUAAAAAUUUUAAUUAUGAGGAUAUUUCAAGAAAACAACCUGACCGGGUCAUUUUUGACCCACUUAUGGAAGGUUGGGGUAGUAACACAAAAACAAAAAAUUCUUAAAAUGUAUAAAAGAUAAGUUAAAAAUGUGUAUGGCAUGAUAUAAAAAAUAUGUUUUUUGAGGAAUACCUGGAAUAUGAAAUGAUCAAAAUUUUCAUUACGAAGAUAUUUCAAGAAAACAACCUGACCGGGUCAUUUUUGACCCACUUAUGGAAGGUUGGGGUAGUAACACAAAAACAAAAAAUUCUUAAAAUGUAUAAAUAUAAGUUAAAAAUGUGUAUGGCGUGAUAUCAAAAACAUGUUUUUGAGGAAUACCUGGAAUAUGAAAUGAUGAAAAAUUUUCAUAACUAAGAUAUUUCAAGAAAACAACCUGACCGGGUCAUUUUUGACCCACUUAUGGAAGGUUGAGGUAGUAACACAAAAACAAAAAAAUCUUAAAAUGUAUAAAAGAUAAGUUAAAAAUGUGAAUGGCAUGAUAUCAAAAACAUGUUUUUUUGAGGAAUACCUGGAAUAUUAAUUGAUAAAAAUUUUAAUUAUGAGGAUAUUUCAAGAAAACAACAUGACCGGGUCAUUUUUGACCCACUUAUGGAAGGUUGGGGUAGUAACACAAAAACAAAAAAAUCUUUUAAUUUAUAAAAGAUAAGUUAAAAAUGUGAAUGGCAUGAUAUCAAAAAGAUGUUUUUUGAGGAAUACCUGGAAUAUGAAAUGAUGAAAAAUUUUCAUUACUAAGAUAUUUCAAGAAAACAACCUGACCAGGUCAUUUUUGACCCACUUAUGGAAGGUUGGGGUAGUAACACAAAAACAAAAAAUUCUUAAAAUGUAUAAAAGAUAAGUUAAAAAUGUGUAUGGCAUGAUAUAAAAAAUAUGUUUUUUGAGGAAUACCUGGAAUAUGAAUUUUUUUCAUUACUCAGAUAUUUCAAGAAAACAACCUGACCUGGUCAUUUUUGACCCACUUAUGCAUCUAAGGGUUAAGUUCAGCACCAGCCAUCAGUAAAUAACCACCUUCCAUCCUGUUAUCAUCAUCAUGCUGCAGUGUAAUGGCCAGGCCUGCAGGUGGCGCCCCAGGCUCUCUUCCCCCCAAGAUUGUCUUCUUGGUUGCUGCAUGGUGACUUGAACCAAGUGUGCAUGUUCAACUCUUUGAUAGACACCAUUCACUCAGAUGGUGAAUGGCCUCCGACACAUUCCCCAGCCUAUUUGUGUGUGUUGUGAUGCUGAACAUAUUCACAAAGAAGGCGGCAAACACUGUGGCAUCAAAUGGGUAAUCAAAACCUCUGGGGAACUUAAACUGCCUCCAUAAUCCUAUCUAACUUUUUAUUAAUGUUCUGCUUGUCAAAAGGGUUUUUUCUGCCUUAUCGCUAUAGCACCCAACUCAAAUUAUUGCAGAAGGCCUCUAAAGUCCAUUUUGUCCACAAUUUAUCGCAAAGUUAAGAGACUAUAAAGUGAAACAUUUAGAUAGGUUUUUAUUAUAAUGACCUUUUGCAUGUCCUAUUUAGCAAUAACGCCUUUACCGCUGUGACUCCUUCAUGUUCUCCAUGCACAUUGACCCUAACAGGCUGUUGUAGCACACAAUCUCUGUUGGUGCUGGACUCCAUUCAAACAAACAAUGCCUUAUUGUUGUUGCUUUUUUUAUUAUUAUUAUUUUAAAUAAUCUUUGGUUGGUGUCAAAGGCUUUGUUUCGACACUCCCUCAAAAAAUGUCUGAGGAGAAGCAUUGAUGUUUUAUUAACAUCAAUAUUGUAUGAGUGAAUGGGAACUUUGUUGUUUUUGCAUGGAAGCUGGUGAGAAUAAAACAAGACCACUACUAAGAAAGGUAUAUAUAUAUAAAUAUAUAUAUAUACAUAAAUAUGCUUUGGUGUUGCAAAUCAUAUUAUGAUUAUGUGAGAGGUCUGUUGCUUUUAUACCUCAUGUUUGAUUACACACUGAUUAUUAUAUGAUGUAUGAAAGUCAUAGCAUUGAUUGGAGGUUAAAGGUGUUAUUAUACUUGUGGUUGAAUGGUUAAAUAGAAUAGUCAGACAUUAUGUGGUUUGAAAAAAAGCAGACUUGUACAUGUUUUUUUUUUUUUUUUUUUUUUGGGGGGGGGGGGUCAUGUAGCCCAGCAGAGCUUCACCCCAUGUUCUGUUUUUGUCAUCAAUUCUAUGCAACAUUCAUCGUGUAAUGGCCAAAAUCUGAAUGUGCGCUCAUCCCCACCAGCACUGCCCAGAGCGACGUAAUACUGUACGCAGUAUGGAACACCAUUUUUUUUUUGGAACGUCUUGUGUCCGGGUCCUUGGAAGCACAAAGAGACUGACUCGUGUCGAAGCAUUUAACUAGUUUGACUUACAAACUCAAUGAAUGUUUAGCCUUCUUUGUUAUAUGUAACAUAACUUUGUAAAUAGUUAAUCUUUCAGCAUUUUUGGACUACACUUUUCUAGCUGAUUUGUUACAGUACUUGAAAAGGAGUAUUUUGUGUAGUCUCUUUACAUCGCACUUUGGUGCUGUUUGUCUUUGAGAAUCUUGAUAUCACUGUCCUAGUCUUAAGUUAUUGUGAUUCAAUUAAAAAAAAUAAUUAUUUAUGAUUGGAUUUUGUGUCAUGUUGUUGU